AAUAACCUUAGUUCUGUGUAUAAUAUAAACAAUAAUUAUUGUAGAUUAGAAUGAAAAUUAAUACGUUUGGAAAGAAAUAUGACUGAAGAAAAAUUUGUAACGGAAAUACCCAGUAGCUUAAAACAGCUAGCUCGAUUGGUUGUUAGAGGAUUUUACACAAUUGAGGAUGCCCUUAUCGUUGACAUGUUGGUUAGAAAUCCAUGUAUGAAAGAGGAUGAUAUUUGUGAAUUAUUAAAAUUUGAACGCAAAAUGUUAAGAGCUCGCAUUGCAACAUUAAAGAAUGAUAAGUUUAUUCAAGUAAGACUACGGAUGGAAACGGGUGUUGAUGGAAAGGCUCAAAAAGUGAAUUAUUAUUUUAUAAAUUACAAAAGUUUUGUCAAUGUGGUAAAAUAUAAAUUAGAUUUAAUGCGAAAGCGCUUGGAAACUGAGGAAAGGGAUGCAACAAGUAGAGCUAGUUUUAAAUGCACUGGGUGUUUGAAAACAUUUACUGAUUUAGAAGCAGAUCAACUUUUUGAUUUUCUUACUAGUGAAUUUCGAUGCACCUACUGCAAAGAAGUAGUUGAAGAAGAUUCUUCUGCACUUCCUAAAAAAGAUUCUCGGCUGUUACUUGCCAAAUUUAAUGAACAACUAGAACCACUGUACAUUUUGCUUCGUGAAGUGGAGGGUAUUAAACUAGCACCAGAGGUGUUAGAGCCUGAGCCAGUAGACAUUAGUGUCAUACGAGGGUUAGACAAAAAAAUAGCACCACAACAUUCCCAAGAAUGGUCUGGAGAAGCUACAAGAAAUUCUGGUCUUGCUGUUGAGGAGACUAGAGUUGAUAUCUCGUUCGCAGAAGACAAUAGCGCCAUUACAAAGAAUCAAAAGGAAGCUCCAAUUUGGAUGACCCAAUCUACUGUUUUAUCAAAUGUGCAAGAUCAAAAUACAAGCAAACUGGAUGAAAUUCAAGAAUCAACUAAUGCAGCUUCUUCCAAAAAUGAUGAUAUAAUGAGCGUACUUCUGGCACAUGAGAAGCGGCCAACAAAUAUCACUGCCAGUGCAGUUAAAGGUUUAGGAAAUGAUGAUUCUGAUUCAAGUUCUGAUGAAAUGUCUAAAGAAAAAACAGAUUUGGUUGAAAUUGAAACUAUGGAUAGUGAGGAUGAUGAUGACGAUAGUGUUCCAACUGUCACUAUUGGUAGUAAAUCUUAUGCCAUUACGGAUGUCAAUGACAGUUUAAUAGCUGAAAUGACUCAAGCAGAAAAGGAAAUCUAUGUUCAAAUCUUCCAAGACUAUUACUCUCACAUGAAUUAUUGAUAUUUCAUUCAAAUUUUAGUGAUUAUUUUUCCCAAAAAAUGAUAUAUAGAUAUAUAUGACAUGUGAUUUUUUAUUUAUUGUUAAAUAUAAGUUUAUCAUUAUUCCCUAAAGGAAUGAAAGUAACCUACUCGUGUGUAUUUUAGGACGUAUGCAACAAAAGAUUUAUAUUUUGUACUUAGGCGGUAUCAA